AUGUUUUCAUCAUUAAUUAGAUCAGGAGGUUAUAUUUGGAAAUUUACAUCAAGAUUAACUUCUACUCAAAAAUAUAAAUUACGUAAUCGGAUGAAACAAGUUGAUGAAAAUAUUAAUAAUAUUUAUCAAGGAUUAAUUAAAAUUCAAGAGAAUAAAUCUAUAGGAGAUUUAACUAAUUUUAAAAAAAUUGAUUAUUUAAAAUUUCAAUUCCCUAAAGAAAAUGAAAUGACGACAAGAGAUAAAUAUACUACAUUUAAUAGACAUUCGAAAAAUUAUCGUAAACCAAUUCAUCGAGUACCUAAAUGGACGAAAUUAUCAUUUAGAGAAAAUCCAAAAUAUUUCUAA